GUUUACCGGUAGAAAUAUCAUAGCUAAGAACACAGACUUUAUCCACGGGAUCAUAUACAAAAACAAAUUGCAUCCGUGAGUUUUACUCUCUUGUUUGUCUCUUAUUUUCCUUUCCAUUUCCUUAAUUCCAAUUUCUUCAUACAUGCGAACAGGUGUAAAAGACAUGCCUGCUUUGCAUCGGAUUUGACGAGCCAAACAACACGCCGACGUGCUGCCCAACACCAGCAGAUCUCCUCCUCCUGAUCCCCACCACCACUUCGUCAUCACCACCUACCAGUGACUCCCGUGUGGACAACUAAGCGCAGAAUCUGCGCUCCUCCUCCUCCUCUGGUGGCUCAUCAUCCACAGCAAAUGCAGGCACCGGCCAUUCCAUGGCAUUCCUUCCAGCCUGACACGCAUUCUUCAUGAAUUAUAAUCAACACGUCGCCAUUUUCUCUGUCCUGCAAAAGAAGGGCCUGGCGAUCAAGGACGACGACCAAGAUCAGUGAGGAACACUUGGGCUGAAAGAGACACAGUAUGCUGCAACGGGCAGCCAGCAAUGCGUACUCGUGGUGGUGGGCGAGCCAUGUGCGUACCAAGCAGUCCAAAUGGCUCGACAACAACCUCAGAGAUAUGGAAGAUAGGGUCAAGUGUAUCCUCUUCCUCCUCGAGGAGGAAGCUGAUUCUUUCGCUAAGAGGGCGGAGAUGUAUUACAAGCGACGACCGGAGGUGAUCUGUUCAGUGGAAGAAGCAUACCGGGCAUACAGGGCCCUUGCUGAACGCUAUGACCAUAUGUCAGGGGAGUUACACAAAGCAAACCACACCAUUGCAACUGCCUUCCCAGAUCAGAUUCAGUAUUCAUUGUUAGAAGAGGACAAUGAUAACCUCCCGAAGGCUUUUACCGCGGUUGAGCGUCGCAAAAUCCACAAGUCGACGGUGGAGGAACUGAUGAAAAAGAAGCAUGGUGAGAAAUCAAGACCGAAGGGUUCGGGCGAGAAAUCUGCAGCUCCAGUCAGCAAGGAUAAUGCACAGGCUGAGAUUAGCAGGCUGCAGAAAGAGAUAUUGGUCCUGCAGACUGAGAAAGAAUUCGUCAAAAGCUCUUAUGAGAGUAGAAUUGCAAAGUACUGGGAUCUUGAAAAGCAAAUUAAUGAAAUGCAGGAAGAAGUUUGCUACUUCCAGGAUGAGUUCAAUGAAAGUGCAGAGAUAGAGGAUCAUGAGGCCCAGGCUUUGAUGGCAGCCACUGCUCUUAAAUCUUGUGAAGGUGCCAUUACCAAAAUGCAGGAGCAACAGAAGUCAUUUUUCAGGCAAGAAAUGAUUGAGUCCGAAAGAGUUGAGGUUUCUAGGCAUAAACUGAAGAGUUUCUUCAGAGCAUAUGGUAAGUCACUAGCAUAUUCAGGAAAUUCUGCAGAUGAGAAUGUUAAUAAUGAUGCCAGUGCUAGGAAAGAUGAAUUGUUCUCCAUGAAGCAGGAGAAAACUGAACUACAAGAACUGGUAGGUAAGAUCAGGGGAUACUUUGAGAUGAGCUCUGAUCUUUCUGUGGAAGAUAUUGCAGACAAAAUUGAUGAACUAGUCAACAAAGUUGUGGAUUUGGAACUCAUGAUUCCAACCCAAACUGCACAGAUAAAUAGACUGUGUCUAGAAAACAAUGAGCUGGAGAAAUCAUUGCAGAAAUUGGAGGAAGAGAAGGCAGAACAAACCUGUGCCUCAGGUGAAUUAGAUGGCAAGCUUAAGGAGGCAGAAGAGGUGCUUAUUAGAGUGCAUAACCUUUUGACAUCCUAUCAUGCAGAAGAAAGAAUAGUCUAUACAAAUUUCGAGGAAACAAUAAACAGUUUCUGUGAUAUUUCACAUAUGCUGCUGCAAUCACCUCUCACUGAGCAGCAAGCAGUUUCCAGGUGCAUGCUGAAUGAUGAAGCAACACAAUCCACUGACACUGAACUAUCAAGUGUGCAUCGCAAAACAAGCCCAUCAGAAACUCCUGAGAUGGACGAAACUGCAAGGAAGCCACAUGUGGAUGGAUUUACUAAUGGUCCAGACACAUCAGAGCCAAGUAUCUUCAGUGACGAUCGUCAGUCAUCUACUUGCCACUAUGAGAUUAAAGCAGAAAGGCACUCUCAUGUAGAUAAAACAGAGGAUUUGUGGUGUUGUGAGUUUGAAGAUAAGUUUAGUAUAUCUGCAUCAGUGGAUGUAGGAACAACAGAAAAUGCAGACCAUAAUUUGUCUGCUGAUAAUAAUAAUGGAGGGCCAGAACAUGUUGAUGAAGUCACUAGGAACAAUGAAAGCAGUGUGCAACCAUAUAUUGCACACUCCCUUGAGAGUUGCCCAUUAGAACAACUGCAUCGCAUUUCCCCAAGCAGCCCAGGAGAAAAUGUGAAACAAGAGGAUAAUGUGAUAUAUUACUCAACACAGUGUAACAACAUGUCUGAGAGCAGGCCAGAACAGAAUAUGGAGAUGGACGAAGCAGAAGCUUCAUAUGUCAAUAAAAAUCCGACUUCUAUUUGUGGGGAAGUGGCAAAUGUUGGAGAUCAAGAGGAUGACGUGAUUAAUCUGCAGCAAUCGCUUAUGACUGGAAUCCAAGAUAAGGAAAAGGUACUAUUAGACGAGUACACUUCCAUCCUCCGAAACUAUAAGAAUGCAAAGCGAAGACUUGCAGAAGUGGAAACAAAGAACCAGGAAUGCUUGAAUGAGAUGCGAGCCAUGAUAAGCGAACUAGAGUGUGCCAACGAAAUGAAGGAUGCUGAGAUUCGGUCACUUUGUGAGCUCUUUGAAUCUUUAACUUACAAAGAUGCAUCACAAAGAGGUCAUCAGUUGAAUUCAACCAUGUCCCUAAGUGAGAAGAAUAAAACGGUAAGGGGCCAUCGAAGGACUCCAAGUAUUCUGCAACUUCAUCAAAGGGCACAAAGUGUCUCCUCUAUUCCUAGAAGAAUGGAAAAUAACUCUAGCCUCAAAAAUAUCCUGAAUACCAGUUCUUCCAUGGAACCUGAUGUACCACACGAUGCUGUUACCAAUCAAGAAAGCAUUAUUCUGGAGGAUCUCACACCAACGAAUGUAGUUGAGAUGGAGAAAGCAUCGCCACUUGAAGAGAAGUUCAGAAGAAACAUCGAUGCACUUAUGGAGGAGAACCUAGCGCUCUUAAUGAAGUUGAGCAUGUCUUUCCAACAAAUACAAGGAUUUCAGACCAAGUACGAUCAGCUACAGUCUGAGAUCAGUAAGGUAACAAAUGACAAGCUAAAGCCAAACAAGGAUGGUACAAAUGAAUGCCCUGCAGACUCAGAAAUGGAAGCAACAAAAAAGAGGCUAAGAGAACUCAAGAUUGAACUGCAAGUAUGGUCAGAACAGAAUAUGAUGUUCAAAGGUGAACUCCAGUGUAGGUUUGAUUCCCUAUGCAACCUACAGGAGGAAAUCGAAGGAGCCAAGGAAAUGGAUGAAGACACUGAGCAUGGAGCUAGAUUCACUUGGUACCAAGUUGCAAAACUCCAGGGAGAGGUCCUGAACAUGAAGCAAGAGAACAACAAAGUCGCUGAUGAAGUGCAGGCUAGUUUGGAUCAUGUCGAAGGGCUCCACACAGAACUUGAUAAGGUUCUGGCAAAGAUUGUCAAGAGCACUAGCUUAUCUGGGCCAAAAGCUAGCAGCACCUGGAGGAAUGCGCCCUCUAAAUCAAAAGUACCGCUGCGGAUGUUCCUCUUUCCAGCCAAGAAAAAGAAGACAUCGCUGUUUGCGUGCGUAAAUCCAUCGUACCUUUCGAAGCAGCACAGUGACAUGGCAUUCUUCACUAAAAUGAGCUAGGUAUGCAGGAGUGCUUAUCCAAAUGCCCAAACUAUCAAAUAUGCUAGUGCAUGAUCUGGUAGUCUUAACAAGAUAAUGUGGUGAUCAGAUCUUCUGCAUGGAAUCAAAUUCAUCAUGGAGCAAGCAAUCAAUACUCAAGAUUUGAUGUCAGGUUGUGGCCUAAUGCCAGAAGGCUAUGUUAAGCAGCUUACUGGGACUAAAUAGUGUAUUCUUACUAACCGGCUGAUUCAAUUCAAAAGAGAUGCAUAUGUUGUACAUGUUUUUUUACAUUUGUAGAUAGAAAAAUAGAUAUUUUGGAUCCACAGCGAUAAAAUUCAGCUUGUGACGUGUGAUAUUGAGGCCAUAACGAGUGAUACAUUCAGUUCAGGGUUACUGCAUUGUGUAGGCAGAGUUCUAGUAUUAAUUGCUGACCAAGAUGAGCAGUAUAUAAGAAAACAACAGAAGAGUACACAUCAAGCUGACAAGCUCAGUCAGACGAAAUUAUGCAAGCAAGAGACAAGGUCUAGUUGGAGGUAAACACGCACCUGAGU